AAGGACGACAGCUACGUUCGGCCUUCGGAGACGACGACUGCGGCAACAUGUAAAGACAUGGCUGAAACCCCGGAGAAGCGCCCACGAAUUGUUCCAGUCAGUGAUUGUACUUCUAAGAAAAGACCUACACGUUCAGCAGAAGGUCUAAAAUCCAAAAAAGAAAGUGACGAAAGGCGAAGAAAAACACGGGUAACCAUUGGUGUGGCUUUUCCUAUUUGGAGAGCGCUGAAAAAAGAAAAGGGACUGAGGUCAGACACGGAUGUUGCCUUACUGCUCUUGAACAGUUAUUUUAGGAAGUCAGAGAAUUGUCCAGAAAAAGCAAUCAUUCACGAGAGUUCUUCAACAGACUCCUGUUAUCUUCGGAAGAGUCCUGACCAACCAACCAUUGAAGAGAGUUCGUCAACUGAAUCCAGUGAAAGUGUGCAUGAAGAAAUGAUGUGGUCACAAAAUGAAGUUAAGCAAGAAACUUGCACUGCUCCUUUUGUCCAAUCAUCUGAAAAUGGAAAGGAGUCAGGGAAACUAGAUGCUGCUUGUCAAAGACCGAAAAGUCAAGAAGAGUGUACAACAACCAACCAGUUCAAAAAUAAAGCAAAUAGAGAUAUCCAAGAAGAUGAGAAUGAAGAAUUCAGCACCUCAUUAAGUGUGGGAGAUGGACGCUACCUGGUGGAUUUGGGGAGCUCGUCAGAGUUCAUCGUUGAUGAAGAGUGCAUCCUUCAGCUGUUCAAGUCAUGCAGGGAAUGCAACAGACAAUGUACAGUUAGAAAACGCGUCACUGGUCUAAAGCUCGUGGUUAACCAAGCGUGCUGUUUCUGUCAGAGCCACUCUAAAUGGACUAACCUGCCAGAUGACGACGACGACGGUGGCGAUCUCCAGACAAAUGGAAAACAAACGGCACGUAAACAGACCAACUCAGCCAAGCAGUAAUGCUAGAUGUGUCAUGCAGACAGUGGUUCCACAGAGUUUAUGUUGACGCAGGAAUAUGUUCGUUUUAUUUUUCAACCUGUGACACAGUGGACUAAGCAGCUGGACUUCUGCUUAUUUUGCUGCCUCUAUGGAGUUUGGCUGUUUUCCUCUGUACUGUCACAGCGCUGUCGCCAACUGCUCUGCAGGUAUUUACACAUAUUUCCUGAUGCCAUCCCACACCUCAGAACCAGCUGGUGCGAGCGAGAAGAUGUCUGUUGACAUCCUGCAUAAUACAGCAAGUAAGUGAUUGUAAAGGCAAAGAUGGUUCCCUGAAGAAAGAUGGACCGUUCUUUUCUUUCCAGGGAAACGUUUUUCAAAUAUUUUUACCUGAACAUUUUAGGCCUUUAACUCCACAAGACAGCUGAAGAUGUGAAAGGGGAGAGAGAGGGAGAAUGACAUGCAUCAAAGGUCCACAGGUCAGAGUCCAACCCACGGCCGCUGCGUCAUGGAGUAAAACUCUUUGUGUGUGCCCGCUUUACCAACUGAGCAAACACGGCCACAAGACGUCAAUCUUUUGAUCUGUUUGUCAUCCUUGUGCCAAUAUUUAGUUUCACAGUACGCAGAAACUCAAACAAGGAUUGUUGUCAAAUAAUCAUGUAAUAAUGAACCGUG